CUCCCUCCUCUCUCUGUCUCUCUCUCAAAUUCUCAAUCCCCACACAACACGCGGACGACAGUCUUUCUUUACCUCUUUACCAGUCCUACUGCAUGGCGAUUAGGGCUCGAUCUCAAAAUCAGGGCACGUAAUCCCCCUCGAUCGAUGCGAUUUCAACUCGAUUAAGAUGUAAUCUCACACUGAUUUACGACCUUUUUAAACCAAUUUGCAAGCCAACUGAGUUUUUUCCAUUUUCGAUUCGGUGAUUUUAGAUUUCUAGGGUUUGUUUCUGUUCCUUUGGUUUUCUUUUCGUCAUGAAGGUUGGUCAGUCUGACAAGACCAAAGUGGUGGUCCGCCACUUGCCACCGGGGGUUUCUCAGCCGAUGUUCGUCGAGCAAAUCGACCUUGCUUUCUCUGGCCGCUACAACUGGCUCUCCUAUCGUCCUGGCAAGAGCAGCCAGAAGCAUCAAUCCUGUUCUAGAGCCUAUAUUGACUUUAAAAGGCCUGACGAUGUUAUUGACUUUGCCGAGUUCUUUAACGGCCACCUAUUUGUUAAUGAGAAAGGCACUCAGUUUAAAGCUAUUGUUGAGUAUGCUCCUUCACAGCAUGUGCCAAAGCAGUGGUCUAAGAAAGAUGGUCGUGAAGGCACCAUAUUGAAAGAUCCUGAGUAUUUGGAGUUCCUUGAAUUUAUUGCAAAGCCUGUCGAGAAUCUUCCAAGUGCUGAAAUACAAUUGGAGAGAAGAGAAGCUGAAAGAGCUGGUGUUGCAAAAGAUGCUCCCAUUGUUACCCCUUUAAUGGAAUUUAUUCGACAGAAAAGAGCUGCUAAGAGUGGACCUCGGAGGAUUUUGUCCAAUGGGAAACCGAGCAGAAGGGCUGGUGGCAGUGGAAGUCCGAGCUCUUCCUCAUCAAAACGAGGUUCUGAGAAGAAGAGAGCUUCAACAACAAUGUAUGUUUUAAGGGACACUGUGAAAGGCACAAGUGGAAAAGAGAAAUCAAUUUAUGCACAGGUUCCCAAGCUAGAUGACCGGCAACUAUCUAAAGCUGUAACUUUAGGUUCUGGAUCUGGGACUGAAGUAUCAGAAGAGGAAACUGCAGUUUCUGGAAUUACUGGUACCGGGAAGAAGAAAAUCCUGCUUCUGAAAGGGAAAGAGAAGGAAAUUUCACUGCAACAGAGCAUAUCACCAUCUGAUAGAAAUAUCAUUAGUUCGACCGCUUUAAAGAGCCAGCGGCAUGAAUCCUCUGGAAGGGUAAUCAAAAGCAUACUCUUAAACAAGGAUUCGCGUCGAAUUCAAUCCUCUGGAGUCCAGUCUGAGCCACAGAUGCAAACCUCAAAUCUAGAAAAGGACAAACGUCCUCCUCGGCCCCCACAUGCAUUGGUUUUGAAGGAUGCAAAUGGAACACCAGAUGACAAGGUUGUUGGGAAUGAUUUGCAUGGUUUUCCAAAUGAGAAGCAGGAAAGGCGAACCCGAAAUAAAGAUAGACCUGAUCGUGUAGUGUGGACUCUCCGCAGAUCAGAGGGAUCCUAUGCAAGUGAUGAAUCCUUGUCAUCAUCUGCAUAUCUAUCUACACAGUCAGGGUUUGAUUCUUCACAAGUAAACCAUGGAGAUGUUAAAGCGGACACCUUAAAUUUAAGGAGCGGAGAAGUAAAAGCACUUGGAAGUGGGCGUAGUAAUCAUUCUUCUUUAGAUAAUGGAUCACAUAAACAUUCUGGUCGUCGGGGACCACCACAUCCUGUGAGGGAUGCUGAUGGCUCCACUGUUGAGGGGAAGAGUCUUAAAAGAGGUGGUGCUUCUGGUUAUGGGUCCCAUGAGAAGCAAGUCUGGGUUCAGAAGUCCAGUUCUGGUUCUUAGUGUUUUUGAAAUGUGGAAUGCUUAGUAUCAGCGAAAUUUUGGAGCAUGCAGUUGCUGUAUGCUGGAGGCUGUCCCUUUCUGUUAGACAGAUGAUCAGGUGUGAAGUAUCAGCAGUGGAGAAGGUUUUUCUUUUGGAAACCUAGAAGAAAAUUCAAAGUGGACAUCAAUGAUGCAGGUAUUGAUGUAAUUAAUACUUGGGUUGAUGAAAUCCCGAUCUCAGGUCAAAGACGGCUCGGAAUGGGAGAAAAGGAGAAAAAGAUAUCAUUGUUACUAUCGUACAUAAGACCACAGUUUUUGCCAGGGUGUGUCCCCUUACUGGGUUCUACUCAACAGAGCAGCCAUUUGUGUCCUCAUUCUUGCCAUUGAUUGGAUAUCGGGAUAUUCUCUACUUCUAUAGGUGGAUCCCUAAGUUAAACUGUAUAUAUAUCCACUGCAAAUAGUUGCAACCAGGAUUCCUUUAGUUGUUAUAUGUCUCAUUAAGCAGUCUGCUAUAGGCAUUUCGUGAGCGUUUUUGUAUCGCCCCUGUUAUUUUGUAGGGCUUCCUAUACUCCAGUUCUUGUAGAAGAGAAGCAAAUGUGGGUCUUUUGCAAAAAGCUUGGUAUAUUGUGAAUGGAUUUGACCGAUCGGUUAAAAGCGUGGAUGAAUAUUGUAACUGGUAGGAACUCAUUGGUGUAUGUUAUGGCUGUGUUGACGGCCGAAAUGGAAGAUUGCCUUCUUACAA